UUCCAACAUGAAGGCUCCAAACCAAAACAGAUCAAUACCCUCAGUUUCCAAGCUCUUUAAUGUCCAGUUAAACCUACACAAUAUCCUUUCUUAUUUCUUCCUCUUUGCCUUUGGUUUAACCUUUGCUGUAAUACUUAGUUUCUACCUCAAAGACUUCUCCUUCAGUCUGCAAUUCACCCAGUUCUCGUUUUCUGCUAAUUCACGAUCGCCACCAUCAUCGCAAUUGCUAGGGCUAGGACCAAAUUUGAAGGCCGCCGGAAAUGGUCGCAUAGGAUUGACAGAGUACCUAAAGCCGCCUCAAGCUAUGCAUGACAUGGAUGAAGAGGAGCUGCUAUGGAGAGCUUCAAUGGUUUCCCGGAUUCCCAAGUAUCCGUUUGACCGAGUUCCCAAGGUUGCUUUCAUGUUCUUGACAAAGGGGCCCGUGUUGAUGGCUCCUCUGUGGGAGAAAUUCUUCAAGGGGCAUCAAGGGUUGUACUCAAUUUACGUGCACUCAAAUCCAUCUUAUAAUGAGUCGGAGCCGGAAAGUCCAGUAUUUCCCGGCCGAAGAAUUCCUAGUCAGAAAGUUGAAUGGGGCAAGGUGAACAUGAUUGAGGCUGAGCGCCGGCUACUUGCCAAUGCCCUUCUUGAUAUCUCCAACCAGCGUUUCGUUCUUCUCUCCGAAUCCUGCAUUCCUCUCUUCAACUUCUCCACCAUUUAUUCUUACCUCAUCAACUCCACCCAAAAUUAUGUAAUGUCCUUCGAUGAGCCCGGCGCUGUCGGACGUGGGCGUUACAAUUCCCACAUGUACCCGGGGAUCACGCUCCGGCUAUGGAGGAAGGGGUCCCAGUGGUUCGAGAUGGAUCGAGAGCUCGCCGUUGAAGUCGUCUCCGAUCAAAAGUACUUCCCGUUGUUUCAGAAGCAUUGCCACGGCUCGUGUUAUGCCGAUGAACAUUACUUGGCGACAUUUGUGAGCAUCAAGUUCUGGGAGAGGAAUUCGAAUAGGAGUCUGACUUGGGUUGACUGGUCAAAGGGUGGGCCACACCCGGCUAAGUUUUUGAGAACGGAUGUGACCGUUGAGGCUUUGAAGAGGUUGAGGAGUGGGAGCAAGUGCGAGUACAGAGGAAAUACCACAAAUGUUUGCUUCUUGUUCGCCAGGAAGUUCACGCCUGCUGCUUUGGAUAGGCUCUUGAGGUUUGCACCAAAGCUCAUGCAAUUCAACAAGUAGGUUUAGAAAAACACACACUCUCUCUCUCUCUCUCUCUCUCUCUCUCUCUCUCUCUCUCUCUCUCUCUAUAUAUAUAUAUAUAUAUAUAUAUAUAUAUAUAUAUAUAUACCCACGAACAUGCUGGUGCUAAACCCUAAACGCUUGCGUUUUAGUUGGGGUGUAAAAAGUUGUACGACGCCCGUCCCGCAUGUUAGUUGAUUAGUUCCAUCAAA